GGCCUCCACUAGUCUUUGGAAUCUGUUCGUUGUAUAAGCAUAAAAUUUUUUUUUCCUAUUUUCAAAAACUAAAAAAAGAAAUUUAAUCAUUUAAAAUAAAAUUUUAAAUCGUAAAAUAAUUUGAAAAUAAUGUAAUUUUGUUAUUUAAAAAUUUUUUUGAAAAUCAUUCUUUUUUUUCCUCCACGGUAAAAACAUACGAGAGAAGAAUUAUUUUUUGAUCUGCUGAAUUCAGAUCAGUUGGAAAAAUUUUCUAAAAGUGUCAGAAUUGUUUAUAGCAAAUAAAAAAAAAGAAAAAAAAAAUAUGGCAGAAAAUAAUAAUUUUAAAGCUGGUGGCGAUAGUGUGGAAAUUAUUACACCUGUAAAUGUAAAAUCAGGUGAAGAAUUAAAAGAAAUUGUUGAGAAUUUAUUAACAGUUGAAAAUGGAAAUACGCAGUGUUUAUUGAUGAAAAAUGAAAAAAAGGAAAUUUGUCCUUUGAUCGUUAAGGAAAAUAAUGAAGAAUUAGCAAACGGUGACAGUAAGAUAAAGGAAAAAUUACUGGAAUCUUCUGAUGUUUUAAAAAUACAAGAUAUCAAAAAGGAUUUAGAAGAUAAGAGUUGCCCUUUAGCGAUCAAAAAUAAUGAAGAAGAAGAACUCAAGAAAAAUGGCAAAGAGGAAAUAAAGACUGAAGAUAAAUUUUCCAAUUCUUCCAGUGUUACGGAAUUAUUAUUGCAAAUUGAGGCAAGAACAAAGGAAAGGGAUAAUUAUCAUAAUAAAUUAAUAGAAGUUGAAAAAAAAUUUGAUAUUCUUGAAACUGAAUAUAAUGGAUUUUUAAAUGGCAAACAAAAUGAAUCGACUUUGCGUGAGGAAGUGAAAAAUUUAAAAAUUUUAAUUGCACAAACACAAUUAAAAUUGGAUGAUCGUAUUCGCGUUGUUGCCAAUCAAGAAAAUCAAAUUAAUGCAUUAAUGAGUCAAGUUUCAUCAUUAAAGGACGUUGUAAACAUUACAAAAGAUCUUCUUAAUAUUCGAAAUAUGGAAGUGAGACAUUUGCAGGAUAAUGUGGAAACAAUGGAAGAGAAAAUUAAUAUAGAACGUGAAAAACAUAAUACAAUGUUAAUUAAAAUGGAAUCUGCUUUUAAAAUAAAUCUUGAUUUAAAACAAGAAUAUGAAACACAAUUACGAUUGUUUCAAGAAUUACGUGAAAAAUAUGAUAAAAAAGUUGCUUUACUUACUGAAGAAAAUGGACGUUUGGAAAGUAUUGAUAAACAAAAUAAAACUAUUUAAAUUUUCAUUUAUUAAAACAUUGAAUAUAUUUAUAAUUAAUAAAGUGGUUUUGAAUUUUCGCGCUCAAUUUUCUGUUUUUUUUGUA